AUGGAUACUUCACAAAAUAUGGAUUUAAGAAAUGUACCGCCAUCAGCAACAUCCAGAAAAAAAAGGAACAGAGUUCCAUUGAGUUGCACCAUUUGUAGAAAGAGAAGAUUAAGAUGUGAUAAGCAAAAACCAUACUGUUCCAAUUGUAAGCUAUUAAAUAUAUCUCAUCUAUGUCAUUACAUGAAACAAUUAUGGGCAGAUGAUAAGGAAACAUGGUCUGAGCAUGACGAAAUAUCAUUUUUAAAAAUAAAAUCUGAUAAUCUAAAUGAGCUUAUUGGGAUUUCGACAACAUAUAACACUCAACAAUGUCCUGUAUUAACUGAUAAUGGGUAUAUCCCAUAUCAUCCCAAUGAGAUUGAAUUGAAUUUUAAAUCUGAUGCGGCUAUGAUAGAUAUUUACAAGACCACUUGGGAAAAUAAGUUUAGAUAUAACCCAUCCAAUAAUCCGGUGACAAUCCUGAAAUCAGAUCCAAAAUUACGAAAGAUUUGGAAUAAUGUAACGAAGCUACAUGAACAAUUAGAUGAUGAACUUAAUAAUACAACACAUAAAACAGGUAAAGAUAUCGUAUCGAUUGCGAAACAGAGUACAGUUAGACGGCAGGAAUAUAUAAACACAUCAUUAAACGAAAGUGCAAUAUCUGAUCCGCAAUAUGAUGGUUCGAGAAUUGGAAAUCUAGAUCCUGAAAACAGUACAGAUACAGUAGACGAUUCUAUCUCAUUGCAAGUCCACAACAUUGGCCCAUCUCGUAAUUCUGCAGGUUCAGGAUUCAGUGGUGAUAAACAAACUGUUGGAACACGUAGUGAUGAUGUUAAUGAUCUAAGAAAGCGAAAUUCUAUUGCAAAUAUGCUUAAUGAGGAUGAUGGUGAUGGCACCACUGUUCCAACAGUAGAUCCAAAUUAUGUCAUUGAAAUUAAUUCUGAUAUUUCCUCCAACAAUGAUACCAACAAAACUGAAGAAGAACGUGUUGCUGAUAUAGAAAGUGGAACAUCGAUUUCUAAAGAAGAUAUCCUAAAUGCAUUACUUCAUUUUUUACCAUCUCGACUUGAAACUGAGUUACUUAUUCAGAUAUUUUUUAAAUAUCUUUAUCCUAGUAUGCCCUUUUUAGACUCGAAAAAUCUUAUAAUUCAAUUCAAUAGGAUAUUCUCGUAUACUGAUGAUUCAGUGGAAAAUUCCCAAUCUGAUAAUAAGCUAUUGAGAAUUUCGUUAUCUAAUUAUAAUGAUUAUUGUAAUUUGGGUAUUAUUAUACUUAUAAUAAAAUUGACUGAGAUAUCUUUUGCAUCUAGUGCAUCUAGCGAUGAUCUAAUAAACGGUGUUAGCAAUCAACAACCUGAACUAAGCCCAGAUUCUGAGUUGUUCAAACAGCAGAUUCCACAUUAUAUAAUCGUACUGAUCGAGAAGGAGUUUAUUAAAAUUGGAGAUAACCUAUUUGACGUAUAUGUUCCGUUACCACUCAUACAUUUCUCUUUGCUUUGCAAAAUUUAUUGCGAAUCCUCGAAUGGCAUUGAUGAUACUUUUAGAUCAUGCUGUUCGAUAGAAAAUAUCGUCCAACUUGCUCUUAGUUUUGGGUUAAAUAUCGAUCCCGAUAAUCAUUCUCUAUUAAAUGAAGAAAAGGCUAAUAAUGACAAUAUAAAUAUCCCACCAAACAUUGAAAGGUAUAAACAUACAUGGAGAAAAACUUGGUAUUUCAUAAUAUCUUUAGAUGUCAGUCAGUCAUUGAAUUUCGGAAAAGCACGUUUGCUAAAAAAUUUGAGGGAGGUCAGUGAUACAAAGCUGCCCAUUUUCUCUAAUGUAGAUUACGUGAAAAAUAUUCAGGAACUCAUAGUAGUGAAAAAUUUUACCCUGUUCUAUGAAAUUGAUUUGAUAAUCAUAGGUAUUCUAAAUUUAUUUGAUGAUGCUAGAUAUCAUAAUAUAACAAAGUUGAAACUCGACGUUAUUAUAAAUUCGUUGUUAGACUUAAUUUACGGACGAAAAUCGACUAAAGAAACAUUAUUAACGUUAGAUAAUCUGAAUAUAUUUCCAAAACAAGAAGGCUGGUUAAGAAUACAUUUUUCGAAUGAGGCUAAUGAAAGUUACAAUCUUCCAGAUAUUCAAUAUUUGCUCCAAAUGAGGUCGAACGUAUUGAAUUUUACGGAGCUCGAAAGAAAACUUGAAAUUCCGAGAACAUCUAUAGUAAGUUCUGUCUUCUUUGUAAAGCACAUUAUUUUGAGGCAUUUGAUUUUUGAUCUAAACUGGAAAUCAUUUACUUACUUCACCUCGAAUCACCUCUCUGAAAAUCUAAGUCACUUUUAUGGUCAUGAAGGGUUUAGUUGGACGAAAAAUAUUUUAGACAACAUUCUUUUUUUCUUUAAUGAAACCUUGAAAAGUAUUGGUAUAGCAGAGAGAAUUAUGACCCCAGCAUUGUUGCAACCAAUAUUCUCCUCUGUUCAGUUUUUAACUAGUUUGGUAUUAAGAGAAAGUCAAAACAAUGAUAAUAACGGUUUUCUUUUAUUAAACUCUGUCACGAGAUUAUUAAAAAAAAUUUCUAAAUAUAACAAACGUGCAGAAGUCGUAUUUGAUUUUAUAGAUAAUUUUAACAAAGUCUACUUAAAAGAUAGAGAUGUUGCUGAUGUAGUACCUCAUACAAGUGUCGUACAGAAUGUUCAAGGACUAAUCACUCGAACGCAGAAUAAUUUGCUUUUAGAUCACCAUGGUCAGCAGUAUAUGGUACCACCCCAGCGUGUCAUGGCAAACGAUAUAAAUGCAUUCCAGCGCGGAGCACCAAUAUACAAUGUACCUGUUCCUCAAGAGGUUGCACCAUACAGAAGUAUUGUUUCUUCUCAUUUUCCUGUUACUAAUUAUCCUGCCAACCAAUACAGCAACGAUGAACAAAUAUCCUUUUCUCAGUCCGCUCAAUAUUGGGUCAAUAAUAACAUUGGUUACAAUCUGGCAAAUCCUACUUUGAUGGGACAGCCCGUAAUACAGUAUAUAUCACCACAUAUGAUACCUGGAGUCCAAAUCCCACCAUCCUCGAUGUAUUCUGGCUUACCUUUAACAAACACAAUGUCUCCUUAUGUUUACCCCCAAGGAAGUGUUAAUACUCCCAGUGUUCAGCGUCCACCUCCUUCAGGUGAUGUUGUCACGAAUUCAACUGCUGCGCAGCUACCCCGACAAGAACACCAAAAUUUUCCUGGCGAAAAUAAUUCUCACUGA